UCCGGACAACGUUCAAGGUACAGGAGGGAAGGUUCCUGGAGUGCGUAGGGCUCGAUCUCUGCGGCCAUGAUUUCCUUCUGCCUCCUGGGUGAAUAAAUUGGAGAUAGCAAUCAGAGGCUGCUGUGGCCGAGCUGAACUGCUUUUUGAAGGUAAUAUCAUUGAUAUUGAUAUCUAAUGGCAGGAAUUUUGCGCUUAUUGACCCAGAACCCUCCAGGUAAAGUACAGAAUGUGACAAAAAGUCUGGAAUCUCUCACCUCAGUUGAUUGGAUUCGUCAUAAAUUUACCAAGUCAAGGAUUCCAGAUAAAGUGUUUCAACCUACACCUGAAGCACAUGAAAAAUAUGGUGGGAACCCUCAACACCCUCAUAAAUUACACAUUGUCACCAGAAUUAAAAGUGUACAAGGAAGACCAUAUUGGGAAAAGAAUAUCAUAAAGCUUCUUGGAUUGGAAAAAGCACAUAAUCCACAAGUGCACAAGAAUAUUCCUUCAGUGAAUCAGAAACUGAAAGUGGUUAAGCAUCUUGUAAGGAUACAGCCAUUAAAAUUGCCUCAAGGACUUCCAACAGAAGAACAGAUGUCAGAAACUUGCCUCAAGACCACUGGUGAAUUAAUAGUAAGAUGGCAACUAAAACCAUUGGGACAAAAGGCAAUUAAGGCCUAAUUGCUUUCUCACUUUCUUUAAAUAUUCUUCAAGUGUUUCUAUUAAAAUGUGUUUUAAACACCA